UAUACAAGGUAGGGGGUUGUAGCGCAAUAUUCGGACUUCAAAGUGGAUAGUGAACAGGUAAUCGAGUUUGCUUAUGAAACAUUUCACUGUUGUCAGGAUAAGUUCUUACGUCCAAGUCGGACUUUUCUGCUGAGAUGUUUCUGGAACCACAUUAUGUCGAACCAUAGUGGAUCUGUUUUCAAUAAUUCUUGUCUUAAAGUUCCACUGAACCCGUCCAACAGACAGCCAUCCCCAUUGUAUGAAAGAGGAACUUUUGAUACAGGUACAGCUAUCGAGGGAAAGACAUACGUGCGAAGAAGACAACGACAUAUGGGUAUUGAUGGUAAAGUCUCUAGGCCACAAUCUUGGUCACCUUCUGCCGAGUCUGGAAGAAAUGCAAAACUGCGUGAAGGGUCAACACCGCGCAGUGUGAUGUUAGAUGGUCGUAGUAGGGACUCAUUUGACUCAUUUAUGAACUUUUAUGAAAACAUUCCUGAUUAUGGAGAGUUAGGAAAUCUACCAGAUGGAGAGUUUUAUUUGAGACUACAAGCUUUAAAGGAUAAACAUAUGUUGUACUGUAAAUCGUUGACUGCUGAAAAUCCUGCUUUGGAGAACAAACCUGCAGAGACAGAACAAGGGAAUGGAGAAACACAAGUUAAUUGUGCAAUAAGCAAUACAAGUGGUUCAGUACCUGGAGGUAGUGCAGCCCCCUAUGCCGCAAUGAAAGAAUCCAGUAUUGCUGAUAACUCUAAAAAGAAUGAACGAAAGAAAUUUCAAAAGAAGUCACAAAGUAAAACAAUCAGUCAUGACUACAUCAACUUGGAGAAAUUAGCCGAAAACACACACUUAGUUUCUCCAUCGUCAAUUACCUCCAUAGAUCAUAAGAGUACACACAGAGCAUCAGUGAACGACAGUAGUCUUUUGGAUAGUGUAGAUGCCACUGUCAACUUGCAUCGAAAGGGAAACAGGAGUGAACAUCAAUUAAAUAGUUUCAAAAUAAAGGAGAAGAAAACCAAUGGAGUGACUAAUAUGAAAAGAGAGAUUCACUCUGCAUUUUCAAAUAAACACACUGGACCCUGUAAAAGCAAUAGUCGCCCAACAAGUUCAUUGAGGGGAAAUACAUGGGAUAAUUUAAGUGCCAAUGAUUGUCUUACAAAAUUGGAUUAUUUAUUUUCUGAUUCUGAUAGCGAGUAUGAAGAGCCACUUCUUCAGCGUAGUUUGCCGAGCAGCCCUAUUUUAAAACAUAACAGGCACACAACCAGAAAAGAGCCAAACAUUACUGUACCAAAACCUUUCAAAAUGACACUCAGAGAUGAAGAAGAGAGACGCUUAAAUGUGUUGCGAAAUGAGCUUUAUGAAGAUGAUGACAAAUCAGAAGAAGAAAAGAGUAUUUUUCGAGCUAAUCCUGUGCCUCUGCACACUCAUAUGCCACUUUAUGACAAAAUAAUGGCCCAGCAAGAGAGAAGGAGGAAAAAGUUACGAAAACAGUUUAUUGCAGAGCUUCAGUCACAAAUGAAGCCAUUCAGUUUUGUUGUAAGGGAUGAAGAGCGUAAAAAACUAAGUUUCUUUCGUUCAACGCCUGACUUGAGUGCAACGGGGGAGAAUAAAUUCAAACCUUUUCGUGCAAAGCCAGUACCAAAGAACUUAUUUGGCAGUCAUGUGUACCAAAAAAUGAGAGAAGAUGAAUUUUACAGAUCACUGAAGAGAAAAAUACGAGCAGAGGAACUCUUACAGUCUGCGUCAUUACCUCCAUCCAUGGCUGCUAGAGAACAGUUAGAAAAAGAUUUGAAGCAUAUUAGAGCUCAGAGGGAAGAUUAUUCAGACAGUUUGGAUAUUGACAGAAGAAUAAAAAAUAAACAAAAGAUUCCAAAUUACAAAAAACUGCAUGAUAAAAUGAGGAGAGAAUUAGAACACAGAUUUGAUGAGAAUAUUACCACAAGCCCUCAUGAAUUUCGUCUGCAGACUGCAAACAUCCAAGGGAAGCGGUCAAAACUACAUUCACCCCCAUCAGAUAACAGCAGUGUAUCACCAUAUGGCAUUCGACUCUCAGCUGAAAAGGAGAAACCUAGACCACAUUCUGCACUGAGUGUAAUGGUAAACAGAAACAAUCUAGCAGCCAUUCUACGAAUACAGUCUGCAAGGCAACGUUUAGAAAAUGAAUUGCUACAGAAACAAGAAGAAAUAAGAAGAAAAGAGGAAGCACGAUUACGAGCUAGAUUCAUUCGCCGACAGCCUGCCUGGAGAGCUCUUAAUUACAGUAUAGCUGAGGAUUUGGAAUUACGUUUACAAUCACGUCGAGAGGAGGAAAGAAUCAGGAGAGAAGAGUUCCUACAAGAUAUGGAAAUUAUGCUUGAUCGCGUGCAGCAGAUCCCACCAUUAUUUGCCAGGCAGUGUCAAGCAGGAAUGAAAGAAAAGUUCAAAAAACGGAAGAACGAACAGUGUAAACCUGGUCUGAAAAUUGCUGUUCAUGAUAUCCCUAAAAAGUAUCAAGAUUAUGGACAUUUCAGCCCAAGUGUCUUUUCCGAUGAUAAGUGUUCAAAACUUGGAUUAAAAGUAUCUAUCAAUGAAAAUGCAGAAACAAUUGCAUGUGAAAGUGAAUGUGAAGAUGAUACACAAGGAAUAACAAAGCAUCAAGGUGUUAAAAUUGAAGAAAUAGUGGAAGAUAAGUCAGAAAAAGGAACGGACAAACCGGUGGAAUCUAAGCAACAAACUGGUAACAUAAAAACAGAAGACUGCCGUGAAGAUGAUGACUGUGAUUAUACUGAAAGUUUUCAAGAUGCCAGUGAUGAUAAGAGCUCUCAUACUAGCACUUGUGACAGAGACUGA